AUGGCCGCCGCCACGGCGCAAGAAGAGCCUUCCGGCCUCGAGGUCGAAGGAUACCAGUACCAGCCGGUCCCCGGCAGCAACAAGAGAAAGGCCCCAAAUGUCGACCACCUCCCCCUUCUCCGAGACAGCAAGCGCGUACGAACCGAGUGUGAUGAUGAUGUCCGGGAGGACCUUCACGCGAGAAGCAUCGCCACCCAGGCCGCCAGGGAUGCUGUCGCCUACCAAUAUCAACAACACAUCACCAGCCUCGAUCAGCGGCUCAGGGCGUCUUCUCAGAGAGAGCAAAACCUCACCAACGAAGUUGCGUGGCUCCGACAAUUGGGCUCUGCCGUCGAGAACGCGUACAACCAGAAAGACCAAGCCGUCAACCUGCUGCUCCUGGAGCUCCAAAUCGUUUCUCGACAAAACCAAGCGUUCUUUACGGAAGGGUCGAGACUUCAAGAGCUUGUCGCCGGCGUCGAGAAGAGGCGCGAUGACGUUGCCACAGAGCUAGCGUCUUGCAACGAGCAAAUGGUCGUAGACGACCCGCCGAAGGCACAACAGCAUGCCACUGGCGUCGAGAAGAUGUGCGAUGACCUGGCCGCAGAGUCGACGUCUCGCGAAGAGCAAAUGGUCGGAGAUGACCAGUCAAGGGCACAAGAGCAUGUCGCCGCCGCCGAGAAGUGGCCCUUCGACAACGCAGCAGAGGCGACUGCUGAUGUGCCGAUGGAAGUCAAUGUCGCCACCGAGCAGGCUUCCCCAGGAGGGUUCGACCACGCAGUGCACGUACACGACCAGACGAUGGAAUAUCAGCGGGCCAUUGCUCAGGAGAACAAUGCUCGAGAGGCCGCAACUAUCCCGGCAGACCCGACUCACGGUCUGAACACGGAUCAAACGGGCUCGGCCCAAACCUGGAAAUUGAUCGUUGACCGCGCAUACCAAGAGAGCGCGAAGAAGUGGCAAUCGGUCAUUGACGAAGCAGUCCAGGCGUGUGAAAAGAAGCACAAGGCCGCGCUCAAGAAGUACAAGGUCGAGCUCGAAGUCAUCCAUGCUCAGCGGUGCCCCGAGCCACACAAGCAUCCCUCUGCCUCACCAAUGCAGCACUGGUACAACGUCGAUCCGACCAAACCCCAGACCAUGGUCAGCUACACUGCGGUUCGUUCGGUCCCGUUUCAGAGCCACGAAGUGGAGCUCCUGGGCGAUUAUUUCGACCCCGAUGAACCCCUCGGGUGGAGGCCCUACCCGCUUGAAGAAAGGCCGGAAGGAUUCCAAAAGGUCAUCUACGCCCAGAAGUGCAUCCUCUCGUAUCUUCCAGAGCUCCAUCUCGAGGCCGCUUCAACCUUCCUCAGCUCAGAGCAGAUCACCAAGUUAUACGCUCGCUCAUUUGGAGAAGAUAUGCCACGUCAGGCAACAUGCCAGGAGAAGAAGCUCUUCCCAACCAUCUGGACUGAGGUCGUCAAGACGCUGCGUGGCAUGACCAAGUUCCGCUGUGCCGCAGAAGCCUACGCCGACGGCGCAGGGUUGGAAUCCAGGCUCCAUCAAGUGAAUUAUUGCUGGCCACCACGAUUCGACGAAGUAGUUGUCGACCUGAUGAUGUCCGACAGCUUCGAAGAUGCAGACGAGAAGCGAGAAGAGAAGUAUGGGCAGUUGGGUGAUGCGCAACAGGCAUCGCUAAGCAGGGCCGACAUUCAGUUCAACAUCGAGCAGAAAGCGGGGGAGAUGGAUGAUAUGAUGUCGUUUUUCUCCAAAAUGAAGCCACACAAGGAGGAAAGCACUAUCCACAGCAGGCCGUCGGUCCACGAGAAGAUGAAGGGCCUCGCAAAACUGUCGGCAGAGAAGAAGAAUGGAGGCACUGCCAGCCAAUUCGAAGACGCCCAUCUCCGCGAAGAAAUUGCAGGGCCCGUUGACGACAGCGGCUAUGUCAGCUCAGAUCACGCUGACGCCGGCGGAGAGGAGGAUUAUGUACCGUUCGAAGAGGAGGACAGCGAGAGGUUUGAGGCCUCUGGUGGGAGGGCCAAGGUGGGCAUGGAAGCGCCCAGCGAGAACGAAAUCGAAGAAGGUGGUGUCUUCGAACGCGAGCAGCUGCAAGCGCGCUUUGACGGCCUUAUGGGAAGGAUGGGGCCGGAAGCACGGGAGAGGAUCAAACGCCGUGUCAACAGCCUGAAGAACAAGCCGACCGCCAAUGCCGUCAAUGUUACUGCCAGCAGAAAAGUCAGGGGCGGACGCGUCGGGAAGACCAGUGCGGGCAGGAAGAACAAGCUCGGUGGCACUUCGAAGUCCACUGCGAGCGAGAGGAGCGUGCACGAAGCUGUGGUGAAGUCGGAGCCUGAAGGCAACGACAUCGACGAAAUUUUCGACCUGAGAGCACCACCAAAAGCGACCACCGAGAGCCUCGACAUCGAAACGAGCAACGAAGAGCGAAACAUCAUCCAGCGACGAGGAGUCGUAAUCCGAGAGUGCCAGCAACCAGAGAGCACCACCAGAAGCAACCAGCCAGAGCCACGACGCCACAACGAACAACGAAGAACGACACCGAAGAACAACACAUCAUCCAACAAUGCAGACCGCAGACCACCCUUUACGCCAUCGAAGGCGCAGUCACCUCCUUGUUCUCCGAAUCAGCCAUCUGGUUCAUCUGGUUCACCGCCGUUCAUCGCCGUUCAUCGCCAGUCGUUGGUCAGCGACUCUAAAAAAAUGGCCCAAAAGAUCGCGGACGACAAACCAACCGCCGUUCGUGUCUCGAUCCGAGCACAACGAAAGUCCGCUGCAGGCGGAGGUACCACGACAGGGUGGCCUGCCCGAGGCGUCCGAAGUGAGCGUGCAAAGCAGUCUUGGUUAGAUUGUAUGCCCCACCGGAACCAGACGUGUAGAGCACAGACUCUUGCGUGCGCAGCAUGA